AUGUUGAUAUCGAAGCUGCAGUAUCGCUUUGCAUCGGUGGUCACGGUCUUGAGCGUGGUGGCUCUAGGCCUGCUCUGCGUCUCGAAGAUCAAUGUUUCCCUUAGACUUCGACUCGGCCACAAGUCCAGCCAGUUCAACGGGUCUAACAAUCCCAAUAGCCCCAGAGGAUGGAUCUAUUCUGGACCCGUGGCGGAAGACAAGGCAGUGAUCCUGGCAAAAGUCCACGGCGAAGAUGUGAGCUGGGUCUUUGACUAUCUUCAAGAUUGGAAACAAGCCGUAUACUACAUGGACGAGCCAAGUGCAGGGGUGCUUCAUCCACCCCUCAAUAAAGGCAGAGAGGCUAUGGCUUAUCUAACAUUCAUUAUCGAUCACUACGACGUUCUUCCGUCCUACAUGGUCUUCGUCCACCCACACCUGCAAGGCUGGCCUGCCGCAUGGCAUACGGAUAGCCACGGUCACAAUCAAAUCACUUCUAUCAGGUCGUUACGGCUGGACUACCUCGAGGACCACGGCUAUGCCAACAUGCGCUGCAUUCUCGACCCGGGCUGUCCAGCAGAAAUACAAGUGGACCGACAAGACGACCGCCGCACUGCGGAGCACGCUAUGAGGGAGGCAUGGCCAUAUAUGUUUGGGGGGAACUAUACGGACAUACCUAAAGUCAUCGCUCAACCCUGUUGUUCGCAAUUUGCAAUAUCGAGAACGCAGGCUCUAAAGCGCAGCAAGGCAGACUACGAGAGAUAUCGUCAGUGGCUACUGGACACGCCACUAGAUGAUGAUACAAGUGGACGGGUCUUCGAGUAUCUCUGGCAUGUCAUCUUUGGACGGGAGCCGGUGCACUGUAUCCCUUUACAACAAUGCCGGUGUGAGCAAUUUGGCCAAUGCUAG